UUGUUGCUGUUUGUUUUAGAUAAGGAGAUGAUUCUAGAAUUGGAGCAGAUGCGUGCAAGUCAUGGGAUGUGUGGCAAAGAGCAGUAUCACGUCUAGAUGCCUUUGUGAAAAGUUUAGAGGAGGAAAGAAAUUACUACACACAGGAGCUGGAGCGAUACCGUCUGCUUAGGGGCAGGACAGACAAAAGCCCCACCCCUAGUCCAGGCAGGGGGAGGAGCCCCAGAGGACGAGGCAGCUGGCACUGAAAGAGAGAUGGUGACGCAGAGCUUUCACAUGCACUGAAGGAGAGGGAUGAGCUACAGUCAGUGCUGCUGGGCUUUGAGAAAACACAUGGAGGACAUCCAGACCAGAGUUAAACUACUGACUGCAGAGAGAGACCAGCUCAGCUCUCAGUACCAGCAGGCUCAAGAGGAGCUGAGGCGUGUCCAAAGGGCGCUUGAGUCCUCUGAACUCCAGCACAGGAUCAGAGAUGACAGGGAACAAACUGAAGCUGAACUCCAGAGAGUUACUGCUGAGAGAGAUGCGCUUAGAGACAGACUCAAGGUUGCCCAGAGCACAGCUCUGACAGACCAAGACCCAGAGGAGAUCAGGAUUCUUCACCAGGAGAACACCAUUGAGAUGCUGGAGAGAGAGAGGGCUGAUCUGCGUGCUCAGGUGGCUGUGCUGAAGGAGAGUCAUGUUGCUGUUGAGAAGGAGCUAAAGGCUCAGUCAGCGGUGCUGCUACAGAAUGUAGAAGAGGCCACAGAGCAAAGAGCCGAGAGCUGUGCGCUCAGGCUUCUGCAGGAGCAGAUGGAGCAGUCGCUCUCAGAUGUUCAGCACAGAUUAUCUGUCAAGACCAAUGAACUACAGGCAGCUCACCAACAGAUCGACAAACUAGAAGAGAAAAUCGGUGUGUGUCAGAACAGUGUCUUUACUGACCUUUUGGGUGUCAACUGA